CUUCUUCUUCCAAAACCCAAUCCUCCUCUCUGGGGAUAACGAUGACGUCCCUAACCUCAUCUCUGCAAGCUCUGAAGCUUUCGUCUCCCUUCGCCCAUGGCUCCACUCCUCUCUCUUCCCUAUCUAAGCCCAAUUCGUUCCCGAACCCUAGAAUGCCGGCUUUAGUUCCGGUCAUCAGAGCGAUGAAAACGAUGCAGGGGCGCGUGGUGUGCGCAACCAACGACAAGACUGUGGCGGUGGAGGUGGUGAGGCUGGCUCCCCACCCAAAGUACAAGAGGCGAGUGAGGAUGAAGAAGAAGUACCAAGCUCAUGACCCUGAUAAUCAGUUCAAGGUGGGCGACGUUGUGAGGCUGGAAAAGAGCAGACCUAUCAGUAAGACCAAAUCAUUUGUGGCGCUCCCUGUCGUCGCCAGGAAAUCCGGAGCCGUAGCCGGAGGAGAUGGCCUCCUUGGCAUUCCCUUGGAGUCUCAGCAGCCUGCUGCUUAGAGCAUUACUAUUGUCUUUGUUUCUCUCGGUCGGUAAAAGCUGUCUUUCUUUCUUUCUUUUCUGUUUGCCUUCCGUUUCCGAUUCCGAUGAUGCUCUGCUUCUUCUUCUGUUUGUUUGUGUAUCCCCAACUCUCUGUAAUCUAUGGAAUGCUUUUGUUAUUUCAAUCUGAUUUGUUUCCUUAGUAGUACCAAUUUGUUUUGCCUG